AAAAAUAACCCAAAAUAUGAUAUGUUUUUAGUGAUUAAUAAUUGUAGUCAACCCUAGCUAAGUCUUUCAAUCCUUGCUAUAUAUGUCUCUUAUGUGCUAAUAAGGCUUAGUAAUUAAUUAGGUUUAUUCCUCCUAUUCUUUCAAAGUUAUGGAGAUACAUCAAUUUUGUUCUGAUGACAUACUAAUUGAGAUCUUAACAUUCUUUCCUGCUAAAUCCCUUAUGCGAUUCAAGUGUAUUUCUAAAGCUUGUAAUACUUCGACCCAACAUCCCAACUUCAUUCAAUCCCACUAUGCUCGUUCUCAAACCCGCCCCUCAGCCACCCGACUUUUAUUUCAACUCAGAACAUAUCCUCCUUCAGGUAGCUGCCUGUCCUAUCAUCCGGAAACAAGUAAAUCUGAAGUAUUUCCCUUAGAGCUUGAUUGCUUUUCUGAGAAUAGUAUUUGCUCGAAUAGUUGCAAUGGCCUUGUUUGUUGGUAUAGUUAUAAACAUAAUCUACUUUAUUUAUACAAUGUCACCACAAAGGAGAUAAAACCUUUCUCAUCCUCCAUGAAUAAGGAUAUACUAUCACGUCAGAUAUUUACUAAGCAACCAAGGUUGUUUUUGGGAUUUGACGGAAACUACAAAUUGCUUCAUAUUUUCUCAAAUCUUCUAUGUAGAUUAAAGGGAAAAAUUCUAACUCUAGAAGAAACUAAUUCAUCUUGGAGGAAAAUCGAUGUGAUUGAUGAGAUUAAUGGUAGUAGAGCAUUUAAUUAUUUUGUGGAAUGUAUUUUUUUCAAUGAGGUUGUUUAUUGGUACUCUUGGAACGAUAGUAUGGUCUAUUUCAACUUCAGAGAAGAGAAAUUUGGUUAUAUUUUACUCCCAUAUUUCGACACAUCAAUGUCUUUCGCAAUGCCUAGUAUCAUACGAACUGUAUUGGGGGGGAAAUUAGUUAUAAAGGGUCCAGUAUUAUUUCCAGUAUACCAUGUUAACCAGGUUUGUGAAAAGGUGGGUUCUAUAUCCAUUGCAGCUAUGUUGCUUGGUGCAGAAUGGAUUAAUGAGCAGAAAAUGGAACAUGCUCAUGUUUUAGCAACAACAAAUGUAAUGUCUGCCCCUGCGUCUCUGCUUUUGUCCUCCUCAAGGCGUUGUUACUUGAAAAUUGUUAGCAGUUCUGCUGACCACAACGAUGACGAGAGUCCUCGUAUUGUGUUUAAUAAUAUUAGCAUUUUUGUUGAGAACAUUAUCCCAUUAACAUCUUUACUAGUUUGAAUGUUGUUGGUUUAAGAUUUGUUAGUAGUUUUGUUGAGCAUAUUAUCCUGUUAACGUCUUUACUAGUUUGAAUCUAGAAUUGUGUAAUUUGCGCCCCUACUUCUCUGAUUCCAACAGCAACAAUUGUUCUUACA